AUGCUAAAUAAGACAUCAAUUAGAGAAUUCACUCUGGGACUUAGAGAUGACACAGAGUUACAAGCUGUGAUAUUCUUUCUGCUGUUCACCUACUUAUUGAGAGUAACUGGAAAUCUUACCAUCAUCAUGUUAACACUAUCAAAUGUUAGUUUGAAGACUCCCAUGUAUUUCUUCUUCAGGAAUUUCUCUUUCUUAGAAAUAUCAUUCAAAACAAUCUGUAUUCCCAGGUUUUUGAUCAGCAUCCUAAGCGGAGACAAAUCUAUUUCCUAUAAUGCUUGUGCAACUCAGCUGUUUUUCUUUAUCUUCCUUGGCUCAACAGAGUUUUUCCUUCUGGCCUCUAUGUCCUAUGAUCGUUAUGUAGCUAUCUGCAGACCCCUGCAUUACGCAACCAUUAUGAGUAACAGGAUCUGCUACCAGCUUGUAGGCAGCUCUUGGCUGGCUGGUUUCUUGGUCAUCUUUCCACCACUGACCGUGGGCCUGCAGCUGGAUUUCUGUGGCUCCAAUGUCAUUGACCACUUCACCUGUGAUUCCACUCCUUUACUGCAAAUUUCUUGCACAGACACAAGCACUCUAGAGCUCAUGAGCUUUCUUCUAGCUGUGCUUACUCUUAUGUCCACUUUGACGUUAAUAAUUAUCUCCUAUUCUUACAUCCUCAGAACAAUUCUGAAGAUCCCCUCAGCUUAACAAAGAAAAAAGGCCUUUUCAACCUGUUCCUCCCAUAUGGUUGUUGUCUCUAUCUCUUAUGGAAGCUGCAUCUUCAUGUAUGUGAAAACAUCAGCAAAGCAAAGGGUUGCUUUGACAAAGGGGGUGGCUAUGCUCAAUACCUCUGUCGCUCCUAUGCUGAAUCCAUUUAUUUACACCUUAAGGAACCAGCAGGUGAAACAAGCAUUUGAGGAUUUUGUGAGAAAGUUACACUCCUCAAAAACAUGGAUCUGA